AUGGUUCUUGUCGAUUUUUGUUUAUUCCACUUCGGGCGAUCCACUGAUACUCCGAGCCACAAGGAACGAAGAGGAGUGGAAAUCAAAGUUUUUCUUUCUGAUUUCAGGAAGCUUGCACCUCCUCUGGCCGAAUCACAGAAGAGAAUUGACGCCAUCAGACUACUCCCAAAGGCCGAAAGAAGUUUCAAUCCGUUUCCAUCAUCUCCAAGUCCACUUUCCAGUGCAAACAUGUCUGACUCCAGCAAAGUUCCAAUCCUCCUAUAUCUCGAGGAUCUUGAUAGUUACCCCACUCCAGUUAACGUCAAGAAAGAGGCUCCUGCUACUACCAGCUCUAAACCGCUCCCGGCUCCUAAGCCCAACCUGAGGGCUCGUACUUCCACCGCCAAGAAGAGAAAAGGUUCUGAAGUUAGCACCCUAGGCUCUGAAGGGUUCUUGUAUGAAGAACUCAGCUUCACUGACUCCUUGGAACCGAUGACAUCCUUCCUCAAUAAGGGUCUCCAGUAUCUGCUUCGUCUCUACACUGAAGCUUGUGGUACAGCAGCAUUCCAAGAAGCCAGGAUCAAAUAGCUUGAAACUACUGUUGCUGACCAGGGCACCCUCGCUGAAGCCAAGACCUGACACUAUGUGGAUAAACUGAAGAAGGUCACCUAGGAUGCUGAAGUAAAGUUGGCAAGCGUCCAAAUGGAGCAUGAACAGGCCAUGGUCUCCUUACGGGAAGGGAUAAAAAACUCAGCUGUUGUCUCUCUGCUGCAAGCUCGUAUCAAGACGGCUUAUGAGGCCAAGGAGACAGGCCUGGCCGGUUGAAUUCUGGAUGGCAAAGCUGAAGGAGCUUGGAGGCAAGGCUGUGCCAUAUCCUGCUGAGGCUGAUGAGUCCUCUAAGUCAGAAGAGGUGGUGGACAACACUGGAGAAAAGAAGUAUGCUGGGAUGGAUGCUGGUGAAGAUGCUGCUCAGGAUGCUAAGGCUGAGAAGACGGAGAAGGCUGGUGGAGAUGCCGCUGUGUGAGGGCAUUCAAGUGGGCGAUGAUGGAUGUUGAUGCCUAGGCCGGAGCCCACUUUUUUAAAUUUGAUCGUUGGUCUGUAACCCUGAAACAAUUUACUUUUUCCUGCAUUUUACCUUUUCUGCACCUGAAUAAUUUAUAUCUUCUGCAUGCAUUUUGAACAGUAUAACAGUUGGAGGUGGAUGGGUCUCGGUUUGAGAUGAAACCUUCAACUGUUAUGUAAAUAUAACUAGGAACUUUUUUGUGCUUUUGGUGGAUGGGUCUCAGUUUGAGAUGAAACCAAAAGCACAAACUUUUGCCACGUUAAUAAUGUAACUUUCUU